AGAGUGGCAGCCCCACCCCCCAGUUCAAUGCUACAGCCGCGACCACCGUGGAGAACCGAGGAUUUCACAGAGACCCCGCGCACUGGGCUUCCCGUACUACAAGGGGGCGUGCGUGAACCGCCGCUUUACUAUGUCUCCGACGACCAAUGAGGUGCUGGAAUAGCAGAUGGGUGAAAAAAGUCCACCGGGCAAGGAAGACAACCAAACGAUACAGAAAGGUUCGCACGGAAUCCCUCUGCGCACGUAGUCGGACUUGACCAGUCCAGCACCACUCCCCUCUUCUCGACCCAACCCAUUUCAGAUUGCCCCCACCUCAAUCAUCCCGUGCCAUUAGGCUAUACUCAAUCCAGAGCCUAAUUGAGCAACCGGGAUUCCUCACGUGCGGGGGUUGAUUUGUACUUUGAACACGUGGCUCAUUCAGAGAAGCCGGAAUAUCCGAGUUUUUUUUCCUUCAAUCUUUUUUCCUCUUUUCUUUAGUUAUAUUUAAAGGCGGUGCCCACAAUAACGCAUGUGACAUUUAAGGCGUUCUGGCAAAGGAGUCCAAAGGAACAACAUCCCGCUAUCCUCGAGAGAAACGGAAUUAAUAAUUAAGUUUUUUUUUUCGCAAGGGAGAGGGCGAGCAAACGCUACCACGGUCAGCACGUCCAUCAAAUAUCUCCGGUAGUGCGGUCUGAUUGGGGAGUACACGAGCGAGCCACUCCGUUCGGCUUUAGUGCAGUUCGUUGUAAAGACAGCCCUUCCGCGAGCACCGACAAAGGAUUUCUCUCCCUCGUGCACUAAAGGUCGGCUUUAAGGUGCAGCAACAUGAACAAGCUUUAUAUAGGCAACGUGAGCGAAGAGGCCAGUGCGGUCGACUUGGAAAGUAUCUUUGAGCAGUGGAAGAUCCCCUAUAGCGGACCGUUUCUCGUUAAAACAGGGUACGCGUUUGUAGAUUGCCCGGAUGAAAAGGUAGCGAUGAAGGCCAUCGACACUCUCUCAGGUAAAGUAGAACUUCACGGAAAACUACUAGAAGUGGAACACUCUGUACCCAAACGACAAAGGAGCUGUAAACUACAGAUCAGGAAUAUCCCACCUCACAUGCAAUGGGAGGUUCUGGAUGGGUUGUUGGCACAAUAUGGCACAGUUGAAAGCUGUGAACAAGUGAACACAGAGACAGAAACCGCUGUAGUAAAUGUACGCUAUGGAGCCAAGGACCAAGCUAGACAGGCACUGGAGAAACUGAACGGGUUCCUGAUGGAGAGCUAUGCGCUGAAGGUUUCCUACAUCCCUGACGAGCUGGCCACGGGUCCCGAGGGUCCAGGCCUUGGCGGUCGUAGAGGGAUGGCGGCCCGUGGCACUCCCCGCUCCGGGUCCCCCUCGCUGGGCGCGCGGCCAAAGAUGCAGUCGGACGUGCCGCUGAGGAUGCUGGUGCCCACCCAGUUUGUGGGGGCAAUCAUCGGCAAGGAGGGGUCCACCAUCCGCAACAUCACCAAACAGACACACUCAAAGAUUGACAUCCACCGUAAGGAGAACGCGGGCGCUGCAGAGAAGCCCAUCACGGUCCACUCUACUCCAGAGGGCUGCAGCUCCGCCUGCCGCAGCAUCAUGGAGAUCAUGCAGAAGGAGGCCGUGGACACCAAGUUCACCGAGGAGAUCCCUCUGAAGAUCUUGGCUCAUAAUAAUUUUGUGGGCCGUUUGAUCGGCAAAGAAGGACGCAACCUGAAGAAAAUUGAACAGGACACCGAGACCAAGAUCACCAUCUCUCCUCUGCAGGACCUGACGCUGUACAACCCUGAGAGGACCAUCACUGUGAAAGGAUCUAUCGAGGCCUGUGCCCAGGCCGAGCAGGAAGUGAUGAAGAAGAUCCGAGAGGCAUACGACAACGACAUUGCUGCUAUGAACUUACAGUCGAACCUGAUCCCUGGACUGAACUUGAAUGCCCUGGGGCUGUUCCCCGGCGGCGCGUCUGGAGGAGUGAGCCCCUCCAUGGUGUCGGCGCCCCCUGCUGGACCUCAGGGAGCCUACCCCUCGUUCGGGUACGGUGUAUGUGGUAGUGAGGCUGCUCCUUGGCCAUUUCCAGCAAGCAGUCCCUCCCUGUCUGGUCAGCCAGAAACUGAGACUGUGUAUCUGUUCAUCCCUGCCCUGGCGGUCGGCGCCAUCAUCGGGAAACAGGGUCAGCACAUUAAGCAACUGAGUCGCUUCGCCGGCGCGUCAAUCAAGAUUGCCCCAGCUGAUGGUGUGGAAGCCAAGCAGAGGAUGGUCAUCAUCACUGGCCCACCAGAGGCCCAGUUUAAGGCUCAGGGCCGUAUCUUUGGGAAGCUGAAGGAGGAGAACUUCUUUGGGCCGAAGGAGGAGGUGAAGCUGGAGGCCCACAUCAAAGUCCCGUCUUCAGCUGCUGGACGGGUCAUUGGAAAAGGAGGCAAAACCGUGAAUGAGCUGCAAAACCUGUCGAGCGCUGAGGUGGUGGUGCCACGGGACCAGACACCAGAUGAGAAUGACCAGGUCGUCGUCAAGAUCUCGGGCCACUUCUACGCCAGCCAGGUGGCCCAGCGCCGUAUCCAGGAGAUCCUCUCUCAGGUGAGGCGACAGCAGGAACCGAAGCCCGCCCCCUCUGGCCCUUCAUUGGCCAGGAGGAAAUGAGGCUGCUUGGUCACCUGGGAGACACGGUGCUGAUUGGAUAGGACAUGAUGACACGCCCACCCCGGUAACCUGGCCCCGCCCACCUGCCUUGGGGUCCGCCCAUGCCGUGAGGAUGUCCACCUCAACACGACUGUGUAGACUUUCCUUUUCCUUUUUUAACAUCUCCAGAGAGAGACGAGAAGGGAAGUCUCCUCCUCCUGUCUGUGUGCUUUCUCGCACAUCCUCCCCACAAACGUUUCCGUUUCUUUUGCCAAGGACGUUUACUUUAAGGAAACUCUGUUUUUGCAAAUCUGUAAUUGUUUCAUGAAGUGAUCCUCUAGUUGAGGUUGAAGAUGUCACUCACAUGAUGUUGGGCGGAGACUGGGUGUGGCCUAAAGGGACUGGGCGGGGUUUAAAUGUAUGGAUAGUGGCAUUUUAUAAAUUUGGAUGCAUUUUUAUAUAUAUAUAUAUAUCUAAUAGGAGGGUGGAAACCUGGCCACUGUCGACUGAGGGAGUGUUGAUAUGGGUUGGCCAGGAAACCAAGUUAAUAUGCAUUUUACUCAUCUACCUCAGGCGCUAGAACCUCAGAGAAAAAAAAAUAUCUAUAUAAAUAUAUAUAUAUGAAAAAUGAUCCUUUCUUAUUUUUAUUUUGCUUUGUGGUAUUUUGUAUACUUUAUAAAGCUAAUAGUUCUUGAACAUUUUUAUUUUUUUAAGAAAAAAAAACUAAAUGAAAAUGGUCAGCCACCAACUUGAUGGUUCUCGACUGCCGCGGUUUCCCCAGAUGCACGCGCCUCAUGAAAUGACCUUGACAUGACCUUGUAAAUAGAACUGUGUGUGUGCAUCUGGCGUUGACCGGAGCGUUGGCCUCUGCUGUUGGUGGUCGAGUCGAUGGGAGUAUUAAAAAGAAUCACCUCAACACCACCUGAAGAAUCGCCAUCUGAAAAUGUCACCCAUCUCUCAAUCCAGUAGAGCUGCAGAGUUAACCACCUUUUCACACGGCAGGCAUGCUGUUUCAUUUCGGUUAUUUAGUUCGGUUUUCAUUUUGUUUUGUUCUUCUGAUGAAUUGAAUUCUUCUCAGCUGCUUCACUAACUUCACACUGCGUGUUUUCGAGGCGUCGCGGGAACUCUAGAAGGGGUGCCGCUGCGCGCAUGUCGACGGUCAGACCCCCCUCUUUCGACCCCGACGCCAUUUUGUUUCCCCUUGCUUCGAGCAGGGCCUCUGACACACAUAGCAUUGAGGGUUAAGGACCUUCAGUGGUCUCUCGUUUGGGCCAGGGGCCCUUUCGAAGUGGGCUGCAGAAAGAAAUCUACUGCUUUAUAAAUAAAUGGCACAGGUUUUCAGAGUUUUGUGACUAGUCACUGCAUGGUUAAGGGUUAGGGAGACACACAACGCACACACACAACGCACACACACACAACGCACACACACAACGCACACACACAACGCACACACACACAGUGGAAAUAUGUAGUGGUUUUGCUGUUCAUGUUGAGUAGACACAAGAUACAACCAGCAUCCAUAGAGUAACUGGACAAGGACGAGGCAAAUGUUUCCACCGACUUUUUGUUUUUGUUUUUCCUUUUCUGAAGAUGCCUGAAAGGGCUGGAAUAUUCAAAUUGAUAAAUGCUUAAUAAAAGUGAAAUCAACCUUUCUUCUUUUUUCAUGUGGAAUGUAAGUAUAUGAUUUGAUUGUGGUAAAGAGCUUGCGUGUCAUGCUUCCUCUAAAGGAAGAACACUUUCUACCUCAGCUGAACGGGUACCGGGCGUGGCGGUGGUGGGUGUUUGCCCCACCCCUCCACACCCCCCGAGGGUCCCGCGCGCGAUGCCAUACCUCACGUCCCCUCGCCAACGCUUUACACCCUGCAGAUUGGCACCACGUCACGCGACGCCAGGGAGGGCACAAGUGACAUUAUUUUUUUUCCUUUUUUUUUUUUUGUUCAUGUCGCCAUUUUGAUCUACCUCUUCAUAGACAAGUGUUUUGAAUUGGAGGCAUUUCUGUUAGAUUCUAGGGUAUGACUGACCCAUUCCUUCUGGCAAAAUUCAGUGAAUCAUGUAACAAUGCUUAGUUUUCAAGACUGCUUUUUGCCUACAUUGUGUUAUCUACCAAUUGAUUGAAAAAUGUAAAAAAAAAAUAAUAACUUGCUUUUCUUUCUGCUUUUCUUCCAUUUUGGUGCUGUGGCUUCUGUGUAGAUUAACAGAUUUUUUUUUUUCUUGGAUAGGUCAGAUAAUUUUUUGGAUUCAGUAAAUGAGAAAUCUACUGCUUUAUAAAAAAAAAAAAAACAAGAUCUGUAUUUGUGUUCUGAUUUUGAGUUCUUUUUCCCCCCUUUUGUCAAAUGGAUGCUCUAGCGCUGUUGAUUUGCCUGGCUGGUGUCCACCCUGUUUUUCUUUAGCUGUGUUGUGUGGUAUGAUGCGUACCAGAUAGAUGUCAUAUGGGUUCCCAAUCUGGAAUGGUUUUUGGACUUUUGUUUUUUUCUUUUUCUUUUUUCUUUUUGUUUUUUUUUGUUUUGAAGGUAAAAAAAGCAAUCUGAUUUCAGCAUGAUGUCCUUUUCCUUCACAGCGCUUGUGCCACCACACCCACACAGACUCCAUCUGUCAAAAUGCCUCUCAGAUAAAUAAAGAAAAUAAGUCAAGUUGGCUCCUAA